UUUUGCAGUGUACUGACUGGAGACUAUCAACCCACUCAAACCCAUUGGCGCACCCUAUCAGACAGCGGAAGUAUUGAGCAAAACAAUCUCGGAAAGAUGUCCGGCCAGGAUGAUCCAGUUCAGAGAGAAAUCCACCAGGAUUGGGCAAAUCGCGAGUAUAUAGAGGUGAUAACGAGUAGCAUAAAGAAGAUUGCUGACUUCCUAAAUUCAUUUGAUAUGUCCUGUCGGUCCCGGUUAGCCACUCUUAAUGAGAAACUGACUGCCUUAGAGAGGAGGAUUGAAUACAUUGAGGCUCGGGUUACGAAAGGGGAAACUUUGACCUAGAGCUCUGGAUGGCCUACUGAAACAACAAAUACACCCCAUCUCCUAAUUUUCUGUGAAUUAUUUUAAUCUAAUUACUGUAUAUUGUACAUUUGAGACCCUUUGUUGAUUAUUUAGAAAAUGUUUAGCAGACUGUUUUGUGUGUAACAUUUUAAACUCUGUACUAAAUGUAUACGCAAUUUCAUCAAUUUUUGUUGGUCAAGAAUUGAGUGUCCACUCAAUCAUGGAAUGGAGAACAUGCUUAUCACCCCAGAAAUCACUGUACAACAGCAUUUUUUUUUUUUUAUGAAGUGAAAAUAUUGCAUAGAUAUCUACCUGUGUUUGAAACAUUUGUACAAUUGAUUUACUUGUUGAGAAUCAUAAAAAAAUAAAGUGCCAAGUUGA